GCAGCGGGAGUGACACUUGGGUUGGGGACAGACUCGCGCCUUCAGAAACGGGACUAUAACUUUGUUGUUACUUCGUGAAAAUCAUACCACUGGUGAGAAACAGCAGUAGCUGUUUAUCGUUCUUUUCCAACAAACCCCAAAAACAAACUUUCACCAAUUCACCAUCCUCAUGGCGACCAGAAGUCGUUACCGGACACUUGACUUCAAGAGGUUAACAUGACCCAAGGUAAAGAGUAACAAACCCCCUCCCCUCUUCGAAGGAUCUCUUUCUUUCAUCUUCAAGUACAAAUCUCCUACUGUUUAUUUUCUUCUUCCUUGAUAAAUUCGAAGCAAGAUGCAGUGCAAAGUUGUGCAAGAAUCAUCUUUUUCCCCGGAUGACAGAGACGUGGCCUAUUCGCCAUCACCAUUCCAUCAAAGCAGCAACAUUUUGCUUCCCCAUCAGAUCGGCUCGGUCGAUUCGACCUGCUCCUCAUGGCCGGGGCACGUCUGGAGGAACGAACCACCAUCCUCUAAGUACUGGCUCGAGUCAGAUCUGAAUAACAACGAGAACGGCAGCAGCAAGAAUGGCUUUCCUUACGGCAGGGAAAGAGUCAGCGUCAGCAGCGAGUGCAGCGACAUCAGCAUCAGCACCGACGAUUUCUGUAUGAAUUCUGACACCGAGGAGAGUUACAACAGCGACUCGUCCACUUCUUCCGAAGCGUCCUCGUCGUCGACGACAGCUGGGCGGGACAUCACACAGGCGCCCCUCACUGGUUACAUGCACGAAGACUCCAACAACAACAACAACAACAGCAGCUUCGGCCAGCUUUCCAGCGACACCAACAACAACAGCAAGAGCAACUACAACGCCAACGCCUCCCCAGGCGCCACCAAGAACAACAAUAAAAACGUCAAAACUUCGGACAAAGCGAAAUCGAGGUUACUGGAUGACGAAGGCUACAUCAGGAGGGCUGCUUGCGUCUGCCUCGACGAAACAGAGUCAAAGGUGCUACUCGUGUCAAGCAAGAAAGACCCUUGUUCCUGGCUCGUACCUGGCGGAGGAAUGGAGGCUGGCGAAGAGAUGGCCACAGCUGCCAUACGGGAGGCAUGGGAGGAGGCCGGCGUCCAAGGACACAUCACCAAAUAUUUGGGCCUCUUCGAGACGAAUCACCAGAAUGGACUCAAGAAACAUCGGACAGCUGUGUUCGUAGUUUCUGUGAAGCAGGUUAUGGCUGACUACCCUGAGGCUUACCUAGGUCGAGUUCGUCAGUGGUUCACCCUCGAGGACGCCCUUCUCCACCUAGCUCGCACUCGACCCCUCCAGAGUGCUUACUUGCAACUCCUCCUCGUGUCACGCCUCAAGGUCACCACAUCGUAAUUCCAAUCUCAAGGUUCACAUCAAUGAUGGGGAAGUUCGCAAUCCAUCAGGUAGCGUUUGUUUAGCCGUCGUCGCGUCGUGUCACGUCUGGUUGGAUUAGGAAUCUUGGAAUGUGAGGAGAUGUGGUGGAGGACUGACUGACACCGCAGUGAGAGAGAUACUACCUGGAUAAGAAUUGCUCUGAUGCUGCUUAAGUUAUGUGAUGAACUUUGCUUCCGUGGGAGGCUGUUAUCUUCAUUCUGCCGUG